GUUGUUGUCUACUGCCAUUCUCUUCGAGCUAGGUUUUCAAACCUUAGAUUAAUAGAAUGAUUGUGAGUGAAUAAUAUUUUCAACGAUUUUUGAUUUUCAAUUUAUUAUGUUGCCAUGUAAGUAAAUUUUCAGAUUUGGAAGACGAUGAAAUUUUCGAUGCGUUGGGUUAGGGCUCAUUAUUUGGCUUCUCUUCGCGCUGUUGGGUGUUCUUGUGAUUGCAAUUUUUUGCUCCAAAUGCUGUGUUAUAGGUUUUAUCCCUUGUUUGUGAGCUCAUAGGUCUUGUGUCAACACUUCUCAAUAAGAUGAGGUUGAUAUUAACUACACUAGACGUCGGGUGAUAUUACUGAAUUUGGCAUGAGAAAUCUGGUAAGGACCAGUGGCUGCACUGAGCAAAUGGGUUUUCCGUGAAGCAGAUAAAUUGAAGGUUCUGCUGAAGUCUUGAUAUUUUGGUUAGGCAUUGCAGCCAUCUUUCAUUCUUUAGUAGGGGUGUGGAUAAGAAGUGAAAAAUGUUGGAAAGUGGGUCAUCAUUGUACAGUUGACAAUGUGGGGCAGACCUAUGUGAUGAAACUACAAUUGAAAUAUGAGGAUAAAAUUUCCAAAACGUUACUGGAUUGUUGUUUUAACCUUCAUUUGCACAAGUGUUUGUUAUGUAGAACGUGUGGGCUUUUCAAUUGCAUAUACUGUUGCUGCUGAUGCUGCUGGUGUAAACCAAUCAAGUAAAGGCACCAUACUUUCGACAUUCUAUUAUGGGUAUGCCUGUUCACAGGUUCCUGGAGGAUGGGCAGCUCAGAAAAUAGGGGGAAGGCGCAUUCUUCUCCUUUCAUUUGUCUUAUGGUCUUUAAUUUGUGCUUUAGUUCCUUUAGACCCCAACCAAGUUAUGACAUUAGUGAUGGCCCGCUUGCUUGUUGGUGUGGCACAAGGGUUUAUCUUCCCUUCCAUCCAUACUGUGCUAGCACAAUGGGUCCCAGUCCAUGAGAAAUCUAGAUCUGUUUCACUUACUAUGUCCGGGAUGUACCUUGGUGCAGCUGCAGGUAUGCUUGUACUUCCAAGUCUAGUGAAGUAUGGAGGCCCACAAUCUGUCUUCCUUGCUGAAGCAGCAUUUGGGGCCUUGUGGUGUAUACUUUGGUUCAAAUAUGCUUGUGACCCACCAAGUUCUGAACAGCCAAAAGCCACUGCUGCUGGAUUUGAGGAAUCUAUGUUGCCUAUAGUAGGGAGUCAUAAGAUGAAAGUGGAGAAUGGAGGAAAUCUUGUAAGAACUUCCAAAAUCCCAUGGAAAAGAAUUCUCCUAAGCUUACCAAUUUGGGCAAUUGUGGUGAAUAAUUUCACAUUUCAUUAUGCUUUGUAUGUGCUGAUGAACUGGCUGCCAACCUACUUUGAACAAGGCCUCCAACUGAGUCUUCACGAAAUGGGUUCUUCUAAGAUGAUGCCUUACUUUAACAUGUUUAUAUUUUCAAAUAUUGGUGGGGUAGUUGCUGACCACUUUAUUACUCGAAGGAUCUUGUCUGUGACUAAAACAAGAAAGGUUUUGAACACCAUUGGAUUUCUUGUUUCUUCGUUUGCAUUGAUGGCACUUCCUGUAUUCAGAACGCCUGGUGGGGCUGUUUUUUGUUCUUCUGUGGCUCUUGGUUUCCUGGCACUAGGGAGAGCUGGGUUUGCAGUAAAUCACAUGGAUGUUGCUCCCAAAUAUGCAGGAAUUGUGAUGGGAGUUUCUAAUACAGCUGGUACGUUAGCCGGCAUUAUUGGGGUUGAUCUGACUGGCAGGCUUCUUGAAGCUGCCAAAACUGCUCAUUCUGAUCUUUCAAGUCCAGAAAGCUGGAGGGCGGUGUUUGUUAUACCAGGGCUGCUCUGUAUUUUUAGUUCCGUUGUGUUUCUAAUAUUCUCCACAGGUGACAGGAUUUUUGACUGAGACAAGCUUCAUAUGUUCCGUGGCUAAUUCUGCUGGUUGAGCUCUCUGAUGCAUUAUUCCGGGAUGCCACUCAUUCCCGGCAGAGGUAUAUACUGAAGUUCAUGGUCCAAAAGGAUUUAGGGCAGGUUUGGUAUUGCAGUUGUGGCCUGCAGCAGCUCAGUUUGUGCUAGCUGCAUUGCAGUCAACAGUUGCUCUUGCCGGUGAUGGAGCUUAUGGAACACUUGGAGAAAAGCACAAUUCUACGUUCACUAACUGCUAUCAAAUGCAUGAAUGCUGAAUACUAAUUGCAACCUCCAAAAGUAAUACAAACUGCUAAGCCAAACACACUUCAUCGGGAACAUAUAAUCUAUUAGAAUGCCCCAUUUUGAUUUACCAUAUGUUCUUUCAUCUUUCUUUUUUCCUGUUCUCCUCCCCCCCAAACUCCCAUUUGGUUUCAGACUGGCAAUAAUUCAGUCGCAUCUGUUAGUAUGUUACAUUAUGAGGCAAAAGUUAUUUUCAGAGAACUUUUAAAUUUGUUUUCAAGA